UACUAACUUAAAAACUCUCAACUUUCUCCCAUUAAUACUCUCUGCCAAGAUCAACUCUCUUCUCAAGCAGCUGUGAGAAACCCCAGAAAAAAAAGGGGGCCAAAAAAAAAUAAAGGGGCUGAUAAAAAUCUAGCAUAUAUACAAACAGACAAACUGAUCAGACUUCAGAAUCAAACCAAAAACCCACAAACACAAACCCCAUCUCCCCAACCCAAACAGUGCAUUAAGACCCUUUCUCUGUCUUUUCUGAUGAAAACAUGAUUCCAAUCUAAGCCCAAGCAUGUGCUUCUUCAAUGUUCUCUUUGCUUCUCUUCCCUGAAGAAAAAAGGAAGUAGGUGAGGAUAUGGCUAUAAGAAGAGACGUUAUGUUUCCUUAGCGGUUUCAUUCAUCACUGUCAAAGAAAACCCAAGAAAGAGAAAGAGAGUACUUUCUCAACCAAAAAAAAAAAAGGCUUUCUUUAAAGCUUUUCACUUCCGUUUCAGUUUAACAAAAUCGACCAUCAUCAGUACUGAUCCUCCUUAAUUAUAAGCAUUUCUUUUGGUACCUAUAAAUUCUAGCUCCAUCUAUCCAACUUUCUGCUUCUAUAUAAGGUUGAUUUUGGCUUUUAUCAUCAUUUAUAUAUUUAUGGCUUCAUCAAAUAGACACUGGCCAAGCAUGUUUAAGUCCAAGCCCUGCAAUUCUCAUCUCCAAUGGCAACAUGACAUCAACUCUUCCUUAGUCUCUUCAACUGGUUGCCAGAGAACACCCACUUAUGCUCCCUCAGGUUGCGAAGAGAGGAGUCCGGAGCCGAAGCCAAGAUGGAACCCAAGGCCGGAGCAGAUAAGGAUACUGGAAGCCAUAUUCAACUCAGGAAUGGUGAACCCUCCAAGAGAUGAAAUCAGGAAAAUCAGGGCUCAGUUACAAGAAUAUGGUCAAGUCGGAGAUGCCAAUGUUUUCUACUGGUUCCAGAACCGGAAAUCAAGAAGCAAACACAAGCAGCAGCGCCAACUUCAAAGCAACCUCAACAAGACUUCUUAUCUCAACAACAACAACAACAACAACAACAACAAAAAGACUGCACUGGUUUCCUCAUCUUCAUCAUCUUCUGAAAGAUCUUCCUCACAGAAUUCAUCCGCUGAUCAAAAGACCCUUUCUUUGGGAUCCAUCAAGAAUGCACAUCAUCAUGUCAUCAUGGAUCAUGCAUCCAGCAAUUCACCCACUGCUUCAGUCAACCAGCAGCAACCCUUCUUCCAACCUCAUCAAAUGACUGACUUCCUUUCAAUGCCCUUCUUCUUCCCGGUGCAUCACCCACCACCUUCAUCACCACCACCACCACCUCCUCCUCCGCCGGCGCCGCCCGUUUUAGGACCAGCUUCACCAUCUUCUGCUAGUUUGAGCACUCCAGGGUUUUGUUUCCAUGAUCAUAAUUUACCUGCUGCUCCUUCUGAUGACAAUAACAACACUAGCAUUCAUCCAAACUCUACUGCCAGUCUUCUGUUGAGUGAUUUGUUGCUGAUGAAUCAUGCACCAAACAGCAAGAAAUUUGAUGAUGAAAAGGUCAAGCUUCACCAGCCAGUGGAUAUUUACAGUACUGUGAAUACAGCUAUUUCAAGUGCUACUACUACCCAAAGUCAAACCUUGUGUUUUCCUGCUGCUUUAUCCACCAUUGAUCACAUUCAAGGAAUCGGUGAAGCGGGCGGGGUUGGACCAGCUGCUACUACUCACACAACAAAAUCGACGGUUUUCAUAAACGAUGUGGCGUUCGAGGUGACAACUGCACACAUUAACGUGAGGGAAGUAUUUGGUGACGAUGCAAUGCUUCUACACUCCACUGGUCAACCUGUUUUGACCGAUGAGUGGGGCCUCACCCUUCAGCCACUUCAGCAUGGUGCUUUCUACUACUUGAUUCGCACGUUAACUUCAUCGCCCCAUGACACCCCUCUUCAUGAUCUGAUUUAGGUGGCUUUUGAAGGAUGAAGAAAAGGGCUAAGCUAGCUGAUUGUGACUUCCAUUUUAGUAUAUUUACUUUGAUAUCUAUUUAGGUUCUAGUCAAUUAGGGUUUCAAGACUUUGUAGUCCAAUCUGGAGUUUGUUCCAAUUCAUGAAACGAUUGGAUAGCGUACUAAUUCAACAAGUACAAUGUUGACUUAUAAAAUUAUAUAUAUGUAAUCUUUGAUGGGAUAUUUGUGGUUUUUUUUUUCCCUUGCG